AUGGCGGUGUGGUUCUUCGGGCUCUCGGGGCUCAUGGUGCUGAACUCUCAGGUCUCCAAGCGCUGGGCGCAACGAGGGCUUCGCAUCAAGCGGGUGGACGAGGCAACCGGCCUGUCUUGGACCACCUUGGGAGCUGGGGAGAGCCCCGCCUACGCCGAUGUAGUUAUUGUCAUGGACCAGCUUCCAAAGUCACGGCUAGGCAUCAAUCUGGUGCACAAGCAGCGCAAGGUGAGCCGCGUGGUGGUCCGGGAGGCCUUCAACGCGGGCUGGCGUGUGGGCGAUGAGGUGCUGGAGGUGGAGGGCAAGCAGGUCCGGUCCAACGCUGCGGCGCAGCGCGCCGUGCGCCGGGCGCUGAAGCGCCACGCGCGCGCAGGCGGAAGCUUGAAGUUCAAGGUGAGGCGCUGGGCGGUGCGGGAUGGCAGCCGCGGCAUGCUGCAGCUCACCAAGGAUGGCCACCGUGAGCAUUUGGUGCCCAUGGUGGACAUCGUCCGGGGCGUUCUGAAGGACUACCAGGCGGUUCUCUUCAUGGAGGGCACCUUGCAGAAGCCCAACUCCCGGCUCUCGCGCCUCAUCAUCCGGGCGCUGGAUGCCCAGAGAGUGGCCUUCAAGGCCAUCGAUUGCAGCGACGAGAAGGCAAACCCUGGCAUACGGAAGAUCGCAAAGGAAGUCUCCGGAGAGGAGGCCUGA